GACAUGGAAGAUUCUCUCUUCUUCAGGUUCAUGCUUUUAUGCUCCGUCACGCCAUUGAGACUAACGUUCAAAUCUUCACUAAAUUCUUGGUUAUUUCUGCGUCGGUUGUUGGGAUUGGUUAUGCCCGUAAGUUGUUCGAUCAAAGGCCUCAGAGAGAAGACAGUUUCCUUUGUAACUCCAUGAUCAAGGCCUAUCUCGAAACUCGUCAGUAUAAUGAUUCGUUUGCUAUUUACAGAGAUCUUAGGAAAGAGACUUGUUUUGCUCCUGACAAUUUUACUUUCACGACUUUGACAAAGUCAUGCACUAUGAGUAUGAGUGUUUAUCAAGGUUUACAGUUGCAUAGCCAAAUUUGGAGAUCUGGGUUUUGUGCAGAUAUGUAUGUUUCGACUGGAGUUGUUGAUAUGUAUGCUAAAUUUGGGAAGAUGGGAUGUGCGAGGAAUGUGUUCGAUGAAAUGCCUCAGAGAAGUGAGGUUUCUUGGACGGCUCUAAUCUGUGGGUAUGUUAGGUUUGGGGAGCUGGAUUUGGCGAGUAAGCUAUUUGAUGAGAUGCCUCAAGUUAAAGAUGUUGUGAUAUAUAACGCAAUGAUGGAUGGUUUUGUUAAAUCUGGUGAUAUGACCUCUGCUAGAAGAUUGUUUGAUGAGAUGACAACUAAAACUGUCGUCACUUGGACCACUAUGAUUCACGGUUACUGCAACAUUAAUGACAUAGACUCCGCUAGGAAGUUGUUUGAUGCAAUGCCAGAGAGGAACCUAGUUUCUUGGAACACAAUGAUAGGAGGAUACUGUCAGAAUAAGCAACCUCAAGAAGCUAUAAGAUUGUUUCAGGAAAUGCAGGCAACCACCUCGCUGGAUCCGGAUGAUGUGACUAUUUUGAGUGUGCUACCAGCUAUUUCUGAUACUGGUGCUCUCAGUCUCGGUGAAUGGUGUCACUGUUUUGUGCAGAGGAAAAAUCUCGAUAAGAAGGUGAAAGUGUGUACAGCAAUUCUUGAUAUGUAUUCAAAAUGCGGGGAGAUAGAGAAGGCGAAAAGAAUCUUUGAUGAGAUGCCAGAGAAACAAGUAGCGUCUUGGAAUGCUAUGAUACAUGGGUAUGCUUUGAAUGGGAAUGCACAUGCAGCUUUGGAUCUAUUCUUAACAAUGGCGAAAGAAGAAAAGCCAGAUGAGAUCACAAUGCUUGCAGUUAUCUCAGCUUGUAAUCAUGGUGGAUUAGUGGAGGAAGGAAGAAAGUGGUUCCAAAUGAUGAGAAAAUUUGGCCUGAAUGUUAAAAUUGAGCACUAUGGCUGUAUGGUUGAUCUACUAGGCAGAGCAGGGAACCUAAAAGAAGCAGAGGAUUUGAUUACAAACUUGCCUUUUGAGCCAAACUGUAUAAUUCUAAGCUCUUUCUUGUCUGCAUGUGGUCAAUACAAGGAUAUAGAAAGGGCAGAGAGAAUUCUGAAGAAGGCAGUGGAAUUGGAGCCUCAGAAUGAUGGGAAUUAUGUUCUGUUGAGGAACUUGUACGCUGCAGAUAAAAGAUGGGACGAUUUCGGGAUGGUGAAAAACAUGAUGAGGAAAAAUGAAGCCAAGAAAGAGGUUGGAUGUAGCUUGAUUGAGAUAAAUUAUAUCGUUUCUGAGUUUAUAUCAGGAGAUACAACCCAUCCUCAUCGGCGAAGCAUACAUUUGGUUCUCGAGAAGCUGCUUAUGCACAUGAAAGAGGAGGAGGCCAACUGGUGAAAGGAACUCACAGUUUCAAUAUGAUAUACUUGGGGCGAUAAGAGUUAGUAGCGGCAUUCUAAGAGAGUGAACCUCCAUGUUCAGACCAAUGGACUCAGAGAGCUAAGGCACACAGAUCAUCAGAUCGUAUGAUGAAACAUCAGGCAAAAGAACAGCAAGUUCUCUACAGAAGUUGGUUGCUGUAUAGGAUCAAGAUUGUUUAGCUAGUUCCAAGCUGGGGAAAGACGGUUCCUUCAGAUUGUGUUCUCUGCUCUACAGAUUCAGAUACUCAUACCCACUUUCUUUUUGA